CGCUCCAAAUGCUCCGGAAGCCCCAUUCGCAGCGCGACCAUCAACUCCAGCAUCAUCACCGUCACGCAAACUGCACCAUCGUUCAAUCGCAACAUCGGUACUUGCUCGCUUCAGCUUCCGGCCUGUGCAUCGCCUACUACUUACCGUUUCAGGAUGGGUACGCCGCUCACCAUUUCUUAUCUUGCUUGAUCUAUAUAGAGCAAGGCCCACCGACCAAGACUACAGGCUGCCGUCCAGCCUUUUUCUUCAGACUACAUAACUUGGGCAGACGCGCUGCGCAACUCACACUGCUUUAAGGCAUCACUACGCGAGCUCCGUACACGAAGAUAGAGCAACCGAGUGGCUGUCCUUAGACCUCAGCCCCGCGCCCGCGCAUCUUCUCCAUAAUCAUAUCUUCAAGGCUGUGCCUCUUCACCAUCAAUAAUCACAUUUAACUGACUUUUGCGACAACUUUUCGCAUUUACCUUCCAAAGCUAUCUCGCGAUUCCCAUCUACUCCCUCGAGACGGUCCCACACUUUCCCUUAUCACAACCCGGACACAGCCGAGCAAAGGAUAAGUUGUUGACCGCUUACCACGGACUACGUUGGGCACACGCAGCAAUUACAGAAGUCUUAAUAAGUGUCACAAUUACGCUCUGGGCCACCUCCCUCCCAAGGCACGCAUUACGUGAAAUCGAUUCCGAUCAAGGCGACGAGGCGAACUGGUUCCAAGGCGACCAACAUCAGCAGUCACAAACCCAUACCCGACUAGAUUAGGCAUCGAUUGCGCCAAUCCACGUAAAUUUAAUCUCGCCGCUUCUGAGGAAGCACCGAUUGAGCCAGAACCAUUUUCAUGUCAGCACCCAACCCAAGGAAACGGCCAGCACCAGGAGCGUCCCCAAUGAUGCCCAUACCGCAGCCAAUGCAGCCACAGUACAACACGGGGAACCCGGCUGGCGAUCAGGUAAUGCGUUGGAAUGGAAUAGGCGACCCUUCGAGCUUCAUGAACGGUGCUGAUGGUAUCAUGGAUGGGAAUGCUCAUGUUGGGAACUCAUUUGGUCUGGUGCCGGCACAGCCACAAUAUGCUCAGCCUGUGUCGACGCCAUCGAACACGCUUGCUCGACGGCAAAUGAAUCGCGCGCUUGUCCCGACCAAUACCCGGCCCUAUGAUGGAGCAGUUGAACCAUGGGGAAACUUUGUUGGCGAUGACAAUGCUUUGCUUCAACAAGCCCCCUCCGAAAACUUGAAUGAGCAAGACAACGUUGAGAUAUUGGAGGAGAUGGCCCAGAAGGCCAAGAGAGAGGCGCAAGCGAAGCGGAAGCAGAUCCCCCCUUUCGUGCAAAAGCUGAGCAGUUUCCUUGAAGAGCGCAAGAACGAAGAUUUGAUUCGAUGGUCAGAAAAGGGAGAUUCGUUCAUUGUGCUUGAUGAGGAUGAGUUUGCAAAGACUCUGAUUCCAGAACUGUUCAAACACAACAACUAUGCAUCAUUUGUUCGACAGCUCAAUAUGUAUGGCUUCCACAAACGCGUGGGUCUGUCGGACAACUCGAUGCGAGCCAGCGAGCGCAAGAACAAGAGUCCUAGCGAGUACUCAAACCCAUAUUUCCGACGCGGUCAUCCAAAUCUGCUGUGGCUCAUCAACAAACCCAAGAGUGGAAGCAAAGCAAAGAAGGGGGCCAAGGGUGCUGAGAUCGAUAACGACAGUGAGGAUGAGGGUGCCACCGAGGAGAUCCUCGCCUCUGGGCUAGGAACCUCUGCAGCCCAGGCUCCUCGAUCACUACCAGCUGGUGAUUCUCAACCCAUCCCAAAGAAAGAGAUGACCCUCGUUCGAGAAGAAUUGAGCAAAGUCCGAGAACAACAGAAAUUAAUUCUCGGGGCCAUCAAUCGAUUACAAAGAAACAACAACGAUCUUUAUCAACAGGCGGUCAUGUUUCAGAAUCAGCAUGACCGCCAUCAAAAUUCUAUCAACGCCAUUCUUAACUUUCUUGCCAAUGUCUUUCGAAAAACACUGGAGGAUCAGGGCAACUCGCAGAAUGUAAACGAUAUUAUUUCGAGCAUGCUCACGAACCAGAACCAGCAGUCCGCUCAACAUGGCAGUGUGGUCGACCUAGGAGACUUCAUUCAACAGAUGGAUCCUUCAUCAUACGGCACACCUCAUAAGAAGGCUCGCGGCCUGCUACCCCCUAUUCCCAACCAGAGCCGCGCCCAGUCAGUUAGGUCGUCUACCCCGAACAGGUCAACACCUGUCAAUUCAACCUACCAAACUGUCAAUCAUCACAACCCUGAAAUGGGCCAUGUCACAGAACUCCAAGAGAAUUCACCUAGCGACACAAAUUCCCCCAAUCUCCGUCAAGAACUGGAGGCAAACCCUCAUGAGCAGAUGUUGAAGAUGAUUAACGAACACAACGCAACCAACAAUCAUGGCAUGGAUCUGCCAGAGGCUGCCGAGCUUGUGGCCAACGCCCCCAACACGUUGAGCAAUGCCCAACGAAGUAAACUGGUUAAUUUCAUGGCUGGCCAGUCCUCCUCUGCUCCAUCUGCCAGGUCAACUCCCGCCCCAACCCCAGUCUCUGCCACACCAGUACCUGCUACUGCUCAAAUACCUACAUCAAAUGCCCACAUGGCCAUGCCGACUAUGCCUACCUCAACCUCAGUCUCACCCCCACCCAAUGAGUCCAACCCAGCUCCUUCGCUUUCCCCUAUCAUGGGACCUCCCAUGGCACCGCCGUCCUUGAACGAGAUCAACACCAACCAGUUGGACCUAGAUCAACUCCAACGUCUUCAAAGUGAGCAAGAUGCAAAGAUUAGCGAACUUGGUAGCAUACUCGGACCACUGAGUCCUUCCGGGCAUGUACCUGGUCUAGGGGACAAUGAGGCGUACUUCGAUCCUCAGUCGGCAGAUUUUGAUCAGUUUUUUGACAGCAACGCUUUAUUUGGAGAUGGGCAGUACAACACUGAUGGCACCGAUUUCAACUUCAGCCUUGAUACAGACCCAAGCCACCCGAAUUCGGCACUACAUACGGGACAUCCCAUUCCCCAUGUGAGCCACCACAAUACUCCAAGUCCUGCGGGUACAGAAGAAAUUACCCGCAAUGACCUGCGGCUAGACAGCACGCCGGAUCGAGGAAUUAAGCGACAACGCGUGGGUUAGCACUCUUCUGAGGAGUUUAUCAAGCUUCACACGAGACCAGGAAUUGUCUUCUAGCCGGGGAAAUGGCCGGGUUAAUUUGGUCCCUGUUUGUGCUCAUUCCCUAGCACAUACCUUGGGUAUUUACCCUGCAGUGUUGACUAACAGCCACUCUGAGGAAAGAGCAGCCGCAAAAGGUUCAAUAGAGCCGAGACAAAAACAGGGUUGCUCUGAGACAUCAUUGUUUGCUGUUAUCUCAGGAGUGAAAAGGGCAUAUUUAUAUAAUCCAUGGACGAACAUGGAAGUAUUGAGUUGCUUAUUAGGUUGGAUUGAUACGGGGGAGGCAGUUGGCGCGCUUUUAUGACGUGAUGUUUAGUCGAUUGAGCACGGUUAAUAGUCCCUUUUUAAUCUACCGCUUCUCGAUAUAUGUCGCUGUGAAUCUCAUUGCUAAGUGAACUUGUCCUAAGCUUUGAUUAUUGGCCUUUAAUGAAUGUGUUAGGUUGCCCUGUUUCCCUAUCAUCCGUGGCCGGCAUUCGAGAGGAAAGGAAUGGGUGAUAUUUCUAACAAUAAGUUCAGCCCAAGUCUUGUUGUCCAGGCAUAUGAUGAUACUACCGCAAGAACCAUAAGCUCAUGAUGGUUGAUGAACCUUGUAUCCAUAUGUCGUAUGUUGUAUGCAUAAGCGAAUCCAG